AUGUCGGCAGGAGCCACUAUAAACUGGAUCAGAACCCCAUUUCACGCCCAGAGAUUUCAUGACUUCUCAAGUUUAAGUUUUAGAUGCCGAAACACUUUUGGAUCAAUUCAGCCUUCCUGGUUGGCAACUGAUCAGGAUUCAUCCCUCUCCAAAGUCCGUGUGGCUGCAGACUACUCAGAUUCAGUGCCAGAUUCCAAGUACAUGAGAGAUCGGGGAUACCAUCCUCUUGAAGAAAUCAAAGAACGCCCAAAGAAAAAAGACAUUUCACUGACAGAUGUAGAAACAGCUAGAACAGUAGUAGAGGCAAAUAGCAAGGGAUUGCUCGUAUUUCCUGCCAGGGUCCAUAAUGAACCUCAUGGACAUGUUUCUUGGUCAGAAUUUCAGUAUGCUGUUGAUGACUAUGGAGACAUUUUCUUUCAAGUACCUGAUGAUGGGAACAUCUUGGAAGAUGAUGAUGCAAACAACCCUGUGACAGUUUUGAUCGGAACGGAUGGUGCCAUUAUCGGUGAAACUAGUGCGGUAACUAGUGAUUUCAGCGACCACGUGGUCGUUGAGGAUUCUAUGGACAUGCAUGAUAAUGACAGCAAGGUUGACACAGAAAUAACGGAUAUUCUUAUAGAGUGGGGAAUGCCAGUGACGAUGCGUUCAAUACAUCCUAUAUAUUUUGCCAAGUGUUUGACAAAGGCUGUUCAUGAUAAUCAUGGGGAGAAGAUCGAUAAUCCAUCAAACGGUGUCUCUAUUGUAGGAUACCUGAGACCUGCUUUUAUAGAAGAAGAGUCUUAUUUGAGGAGUUUAUUUGGUGCUGAAUGCAGUGCCGAUGGUUAUUCAUCUAAUUGGAGAGGUGCUUCUCAGCUUGCUCAUAGUUGCUUUUAUCAGUCAUCUGCUUCUAUCCAGUUAUUUGUUCUAAUAAGAGUCAACCUAACAGAGGAAUACAACAGAGAACCCCGGCCAGCUUCUGGAACCAAUGGCCUAAUUGAUGGUGAUAAAUCGAAAUCGGACAUCAACGAUACGGAAAGUAGCAUUGAUUCAACCAUCUACAAGCUGGAAAUGAUGUCAAUUGAGCUGUUUUCUGUCUAUGGUAAGCAGUUUAUGAUUGAUCCACAAGACUUUCAAGAUGCAGAACCAGAUCUUCUUUCAAAUCAUGCUUCGGACAUUAUAAAACGCGUCAAAGAAAACAGUGAUCAGUGUACCAUGGCUCUAAGGUCCCUCUGUAGCCGGAAAAAAGGCCUUACAGUAGAGGAUGCAAGUUUGAUAGGUGUCGAUAGUCUUGGUAUCGACGUCAGAGCCUUUUCUGGCUUGGAAGCUCGGACCGUUCGAUUUUCAUUCAAUGCCCAGGCGUUAUCUGAACGUUCAGCUGAAAAGAAGAUCAAGCGAAUGCUUUUUCCGCGUUAUCGCAAGACCGUGAAAGCUUCCGCUGAAGAUGAAUGUUAG